AUGAAUCGAAUGGGAUAUGUCUCGGACUCUCCAAGCAUUCGGCUGGGGUCGCAGCACGGCGUCAGGGCCAAGACUGAUCCUGUCACGAGGCAGAGACGACCCCCGGAAAAGUACUGGAAUGCCUUUACUCUACGCCUCCACAGGCUUUACCCCGGAUGUCUCGGAUCGAGCUCUCACCCCCCGGGCCUGGUAGAAUUCCCUGGGGUUUUCCGAGAGUUCCCGUCGCCUGGUUCCGCUGUCUCGUUUGUCCCACUCGAUCCUGCGCAUUUUCUCCUUCUGUGCACUUCCGCCAUUUCCGGUGCGGAUUUCGGGUCCUUUGUCAGAAAGUGCCAGGUUCGAAGACGAAAUGUCGGCUCUUUGUCUGAGUUCUACCCGGGUUUCCAGUGUGAGAAGAGGUCAGAGAAACACCCCGAUCGCAUUAUGCGCCGUGGGUCGUUGUAA